GUGGCAGCGUCUUCAAAAACAGUUACAACAAAAAAUUUUUUAUUUAUCGGAGCGAGCACAACUUUAUUAUUUAAUGGAAAAGGAGAAGAGAGCCUAUGAUGUGCUUAUACAAACAAUAAAUACGCGGGUGCGCAGUUCUCGCACAGCGGACAACGCACACAUUGAGCUCCAGUUGCAAUUCCUGCGCGACAUCGAAAUCCAGACAUCUGGCAAACCAGAUGGCGUCAACAACAACAACACGGCGUCGCAGCUGGCAGAGCUGCUGACAGAGGCGGCACGAGUGGACGCAGGUGGGAGUGGGAGUGGGAGUCGGAAUGGCAGUAAGGGUGAUGAGUCAUUGAAUCUGAAUGCUUGGCUCCUCUGGCUGCACGAGUUGCUGCUUAGUCGGAGGCAGCUGCUGGGCGACACAGAGCCGCUGCUCGAAUGGUUGCUGCAGCGCGUGGAACAACAACAGGCAACUGUCGAGGUGGAUGCACUGCGUUGUCUGUUGUCGCUGCUGGAAGCUCUGCCAGCGCAGCGGGCACUUGUGCACUUUCCACGCUUGGCGGCCAUUCCAAUGCCCGUCGGUGUGGAGGCGGCGCUGCUGCUGAUGCUCUGCCAGGACACGUUGCUGGGCACGGAGCUCAAGGAGGAGCAGGAGUUGCAGCUGUGCAGCCAACUGGCCAAUACGCUGCUACAGUCACACUACGAUGCACGCUGGACGAGAAUGUCAUUGACGACAGCCAAGCUGGAUCAGUUGACACUGCUGGUGGCGCAUUCGCUGCAGCUGCUCCAGAAGAUUGCCACACAGCAUGCGGACUAUGCCCAGGAGCAUGCACCCGAGCUGAUUGGCCUGGCACUCGCCUAUGUGCGUAAUCGGACAACAGCAACAACAACUGCAUCUGUCCAGGUGCCACAUCGAGUGCAGCCUGCCCAGCAAGCGGCUGCCUAUGGCCAGGAGGAGGAGGUGGACAUGUCCAGUGCCAGCAAUCACAAGGCAGCUGCCGCCGGUCGUCGGGUCAAGUCCCGCAAGAUGCGUUCCCUGACCAAGCAGCGCAACAAUGCCAAUGCCAAUGGCAAUGCCAAUGCCAAUGUCCAGGGAGCAACUGCAGCCACUGGCAAUGAAGAUCGCAUGCAGUUGCUGCUGCUGGACAACGAUUGUCGCAUGGCCAGCGGCGACUCCGAGGGUGGCUGCACUCCCACCUCCGAUGGUGCUGGACAGCAGCUGGCGGGAUUGAAGCAGCAGCGUCAGUGCCAGGUCAAGGUGCGCUUGGCGGCGCUGCAGCUGCUCGGCGCAGUGACCAAGCAGCUGCCAAGACGCUCCCUCUAUGGCUAUUGGCAUGCGCUGUUUCCCAGUGCAGGAGGAGGACGAGCAGGAGGAGGAGAUGCAGUUGCAGGUGGAGGCGGAGUCGAGGAGCAGGAUCAUCUGCUGCAUAUUGGCGCCAGCGAUGGCAAUGUGCGUUGUCGCGCCCAGGCACUGCAACUGGCUGCCCAGCUGCUCUAUGGCUCCAAGCCGUAUCUCAGCCAGGCCAGCUCCACAUCAGCUCCCAGUAAUUACACGCCAUUUGCGAUGAGCCUGGCCAGCAGCGUGCUGGAGGCGUAUCGCCAGCUGACGGCCAUCCUGGAGCGGGAGUAUGCGCCGCCCGUGCUGACGCAGUGCCUCAAGUGUCUGGCGGUGCUGGUGCAGGCCACACCCUUUGACCAGCUGCAAAUGGGCUUUGUCUACGAGUUUGUGCCGCAUGUGAAGAAGCUGGCCAGGCAUGUGGACACCGGUGUCAAGGUGUCCGCCUUGCUGGUCAUGGAGAUGCUGCUGGCGACGCCCAGACUCACCCAGGAGAUGGCCUGUGCCGUCGGUUUGCCCAUAAGCGAACGACGCGCUGUCCAAGCCACAGCCAAAUCCAAGCAGCAGGAGGAGCAACAAUUUCAGCAGCUCUGUGACUCCGACGAAGAGGAGGAGGCGGAGGAGGAAGAUCAGGAGCAGCAGCUACAACCGGUGGUAACGGAGGAAUCUCGCAUACCGCGCAACUCCUGGCUGCUGCGUCUCGUGCUCCGCUAUCUGGACUGUCCGGCAAGUGCGUCGCCAUCGCCGCUGCGAGUCGAGUGCCUCCAGGUCAUCCUGGCCAUGUCCACACACUUCGCCCUGUUGCGUGACCAUCUGUCGCGUCUGUCCUCGGUGCUCUGCACUGCCUUGGAGGAUGCCUCCCUUGAUGUGCGUCUCUAUGGGGCACGUUGCCUGGACGCCGUUGGCUUCCAGAUGGCACGUCAUGCCGCGGAGCAACCCGACGACUCCGAUGCCCAGUUGCAGCAACAGCAUCUGGGUUUCUGGCUGCGCAUGCUGCAGGCCAUCUAUGUGGCCCACAUGGAUGCGGGCACGCCCAUCCUGAAGAGCGCCCUCUGCGAUGCCCUGUCCAACAUGGGCGUCUACAGCUUCGAGCGCCUGCCGCAGGCCCAGCGCAAUGGACUCCUGGCCUUCCUGCUCGGCUGCAGCAGCGACGAUGCCGGCGAUCAUCUGGUGCGUGCCGCCGCGUUGCGUGCUCUCGCCGUCUAUGUGCUGCAUCCCACACUGCGCUCGGAUCUGGUGUUUGUGGAGCAUACAGCGGAGCUGGCGUUGCGUCUCAUCGCGGACAAUCAGCUGGCGGUGAGGAUCAAGGCGGCCUGGGCGCUGGGUAACAUCAGUGAUGCUUUGGUGGCGCCCAGUCCGACGACGACAACGACGGAGCAGCAGCCGGAGGAGGAGCGGGAACAGGAGCAGGGACAGGAACAGGAGCGCAUCUCACAGACGCUGCUCAGUCGGUUAAUCGAGGCGGCGGUUGUCGCCUGCAGCGACCAUGACAAGGUGCGUGCGAAUGCGGUGCGUGCCUUGGGCAAUCUGCUGCGUCUGCUGCCCCCCGAUGAGCACGGAUUGAUGCAACGCGCCAUGUCCAGGCUGUUGGAUUGUGUACGCGCGGCGGGCAGUGCCAAGGUCAAGUGGAAUGCCUGCUAUGCCAUUGGCAAUCUGGUGCGCAAUCGUUCGCUGUUCUCCUCGAGCGCCAGCUUGGCGGUCACACUCUAUGCCACGCUCAGUCAGCUGAUUGUGCAACAUGCCAAUUUCAAGGUGCGCAUCAAUGCCACCGCCGUCCUGCUGCAGAUUGAGCAGCGUGCUGAUUUUGGUGUACACUAUGCCACCAUGUGGCGAUCCCUUCUGGCGGCCAUCGAGCGCUCCAAUGCGCUGGACACCUUCGAGGAGUACAACCAUCGCGAUGGCUUGCAGCAGCAGCUCUGCCUGGCCAUGGCCCAUAUGCUGGCACGUGCUCGACCCGACGAUCUGUCGCCCUGCCGUGCUGCCCUCGAGUCCCAACUGGAUGUGGUCAGCGCCACUUGGCGGCGUGUCGCCUAUCGCAUUGUACCCGAACAGGCGGCGCCACUCUUCACCUGCGGCUCGUUGUUGCAACAACGUUUGGCGGCCAACAAUCUCACGGCCGAACAGCGCAAUGCACUCACAUUCCUCGCCGAUGCACUGCGUCUGGAGAGUUAACACUCAUCACCAACACCAAGUUCAUGUUCUUCGUUGUUCUUUCAAAUUAUUGAAAAUAAAUGCAUUACUAUAACACAUUUAAA